AUGUCUGUCUCCUUCUGCUGCUGCUGUCCCUGUUUCCAAGUUGCUUCAAGAGAGGUAAGAGAUCAACAUUGGGGAAAACAAGCAAGGGGGAAAAGCAUUGGGGAAAACAAAAGUGCGGCAAAUCCUGAGCUGCUCUUAGCAAAUAUUGUGAGCAAAAGGAAACAGGACAGCUCAGUUUGUACAGAGAAGUCAAACAGGCAGGUGCAUGAUGCUUAAGAUGAAUAUUUAAUUGCCAGAAAUCAAGAGGUUAGAUACAGGUUAGUGGGUUGAACUAGGGCCAUGUUUAUUGUGAUUAAAUCCGCAGAGGCAACAUGAUAGUGCAGGAAAAUAAAGUUUGCAGGAUCACGUGGGGGGGGGGCUUUGUCCAGGGGGGAGGGCAGUGGUUCUAACAGCCGCUAUCCCUAAGCCACACCUGUUAAUGUUUGUGGGAAGGGCCAACAAUUCCAGCUGGGUGAGACAUGUUUGCUUCAGAGGCACACUGUACCUUGCUCACGGGCCCCAGAGCCCUGAGGAGAAAGUCUUGUGAAAUGCCAUUCACGCUCAAAGAUGUCGUAAGGUGCUCAGUGAAACUCCUCUCUGUUCAGUUUCCCACACCUUCCUGCCAAAAACAUGACCUGGCAUUUUAUCCUUGUAGAUCCUCUUUUGUACGCGUUACUUGACUGCAUUGCAAAAUUCAGAGAAGUGUGAAUUUUGAAAGAUGAUUGUUUUUUUCAUUUCGAAAAGUGCAAAUUGAGCAGGGCCCCCUACUACUAUGAAAUGAAAUAAAUUUCUGCUCCAUCCCUAGUCAAGGCAGGGUCUUUGGGGCCUACAAAAGGUAACCCACUGGUUGAUUUUGAAAGUGUUGCUGUUGUUUAGUCGUUUAGUCGUGUCCGACUCUUCGUGACCCCAUGGACCAGAGCAUGCUAGGCACUCCUUUUUUUUUUUUUAAAUUAAUAUUUAUUAAAGUUUCAGAAAGAAUAAAAUCACAUUAAUAAACAAGAGGAUUUUAACAAAAACAGAGAACAAUACACCAUACAAAAUACAAAAUACAAAAUAGAAAAAAGUAAAAAAAAGAAAAAAGAAAAAAAAGUUAAAAAUAGUUCCGUCCUUUCAUAACCUCUUUUAAGUUUACUUGUUUCCCGGACUUCCUCAUACCUCCCUCUUUUGAAUUCCAAUUCAAUUUACAAACCCAGCAAUUUCUUUCCCUCCUUUUUAAUUCCAGUCCUAAAUCUUAAUAUAUUAUGACAUUAAAUUUUUACCUAUUUGAAUCAAUUUUUCCAUUUCUCUUAGUCUUUUUGGUCCUAAUCCUUAAUCUUAAUACAUUUAUAGCUUUAAAACCUGUUCAGCUAGAAGCCACUUAACUUCAAUCCAACAUCACUCUAACAUUCAUUGAUUUUGCAGUGUUUCUGUAAAUAAACUUUAAAUUUCUUCCAAUCUUCUUCCACCGACUCUUCUCCCUGGUCACGGAUUCUGCCAGUCAUUUCCGCCAAUUCCAUAUAGUCCAUCAUUUUCAUUUGCCAUUCCUCCAGUGUGGGUAGCUCUUGUGUCUUCCAAUACUUUGCGAUGAGUAUUCUUGCUGCUGUUGUAGCGUACAUAAAGAAAGUUCUGUCCUUCUUUAACACCGAUUGGUCGACUAUGCCCAGGAGAAAGGCCUCUGGUUUCUUCAAGCAGGUAUAUUUAAAUACCUUUUCUAAUUCAUUAUAAAUCAUCUCCCAGAAAACCUUAAUCCUUGGGCACGUCCACCAAAGGUAAAAGAAUGUACCUUCAGUUUCUUUACAUUUCCAACAUUUGUUAUCGGGCAAAUGGUAGAUUUUUGCAAGCUUGACUGGGGUUAUGUACCACCUGUAUAUCAUUUUCAUAAUAUUCUCUCUUAGGGCAUUACUUAAUUAAUUUUUUAUUAAUUAAUUAAUUAAUUAAAAUUUUUAUUAAUUAAUUAAUUAAUUAAAAUUUUUAUUAAUUAAUUAAUUAAAUAAUUAAUACUUAAUUAAUUACAUAAACUUCAUACCUGUGGUCCAUAACUGUUCCCAGUCAGCAAACAUAAUAUUAUGUCCAACAUCUUGUGCCCAUUUAAUCAUAGCAGAUUUCACCGUUUCAUCCUGAGUAUUCCAUUUCAGCAGCAAGUUAUACAUUCUUGACAAAUUCUUAGUUUUGGGUUCUAACAGUUCUGUUUCUAAUUUUGAUUUUUCCACCUGGAAUCCAAUUUUCUUGUCCAAAUUGUAUGCCUCCAUUAUCUGAUAAUAAUGAAGCCAGUCUCGCACUUUAUUUUUUAGUUUUUCAAAACUCUGCAGUUUCAAUCUAUCUCCAUCUUGUUCUAAAAUUUCCCAAUAUUUCGGCCAUUUGACCUCCAUAUUGAGCUUUUUCAAGGCUUUCGCUUCCAUCGGUGACAGCCACCUUGGGGUUUUAUUUUCCAAUAAGUCCUUAUAUCUUAUCCAAACAUUAAGCAGAGCUUUCCUGACAAUAUGAUUUUUAAAUGCUUUAUGUGCUUUGACCUUAUCAUACCACAGAUAUGCAUGCCAUCCAAAUACAUUGUUAAAACCUUCUAGAUCCAAAAUGUCAGUGUUUUCAAGAAGCAGCCAUUCUUUCAACCAGAAAAAGCUGCUGAUUCAUAAUAAAGUUUAAGGUCUGGCAGGGCAAAUCCACCUCUUUCCUUUGCAUCUGUUAGUAUUUUAAAUUUUAUUCUGGGCUUCUUGCCCUGCCAGACAAAUCUAGAAAUAUCUCUCUGCCACCUCUUGAAACAGUCCAUUUGGCACUUCUGUCAAACUGCCUCCUGCAGUUUGGUCAAACUGAUGCUGGUAGCUUCGAGAACACUGUCCAACCAUCUCGUCCUCUGUUGUCCCCUUCUCCUUGUGCCCUCCAUCUUUCCCAACAUCAGAGUCUUUUCCUGGGAGUCUUCUCUUCUCAUGAGGUGGCCAAAGUAUUGGAGUCUCAGCUUCAGGAUCUGUCCUUCCAGUGAGCACUCAGGGUUGAUUUCCUUCAGAAUGGAUCAGUUUGAUCUUCUUGCAGUCCAUGGGACUCUCAAGAGUCUCCUCCAGCACCAUAAUUCAAAAGCAUCAAUUCUUUUGCGAUCAGCCUUCUUUAUGGUCCAGCUCUCACUUCCAUACAUCACUACUGGGAAAACCAUAGCUUUAACUAUAUGGACCUUUGUUGGCAAGGUGAUGUCUCUGCUUUUUAACAUGUUGUCUAGGUUUGUCAUUGCUUUUCUCCCAAGAAGCAGGCAUCUUUUAAUUUCAUGACUGCUGUCACCAUCUGCAGUGAUCAUGGAGCCCAAGAAAGUAAAAUCUCUCACUGCCUCCAUUUCUUCCCCUUCUAUUUGCCAGGAGGUGAUGGGGAAGAAAUGGAGGCAGUGAGAGAUUAGGGACUCAAACCCUCAAUCUUCUGAUCCGAAGUCAGACGCCUUAUCCAUUAGGCCACGUGGUCAUCUAUGAUUUUGAAAGUAAGAAACCCUAAAGUCCAUCUCAGUGACAGUAGAUGAAGUAACUGAGCCCCCCACCCACCCCACAUCUAAAAACCCAACUUGCUGAACUUUAAAGGUCUGAUGGGACUUUGAGACCAGCAAAGUUAGUAAAUAAAUGCAUGAAAGAGAAUGAAAACCCAGUAUAACAAGGUAGACAUGUAUCAGAAACUGUUAGGGAAGCUGAAUCAUGAUGUCGUAAUUCUGACAGCCAGGCAUAAAUGUAGGUUCAAAAGUUUACUUUGUGGGACAGCUUCAUGCUGUGCUUAUUUCAGUGGAUCUUUUUCGUCUUUACCUCAUUGUGAUAGAUCUCCACACUCAUGAUAGUGGCAAGGCUAACAGCAGCAGCACCUGCUGCAUAUUUUGGAGAAGCAGGCCAAAGCAGACUGUACGUUUUUAAAAGAGAACACAAGAAUAAUGGUAACAAGGGAUCACCAAUGAAUGUAACCGCAGCACAAUCCUACAGUACAAUGGGGAAUUCCGAGCAGUUAUGUUUAUGAUUGCAGCACUUAUCUGUAUUGCUGAUAAUAAGGGACUUUGUGGUAAUGGACACAAUGAAGCUUUUAGAAGUCAUCAGCUUCUAAAGUGUAGUCCUGGUGUGGUUGUGUGUGUGUGCAAAAGAAAGGGAGGGAGGGAGAGGGAAAUAAGUUUUGUCUGGCAUUUACGAAGCUCCUUGGAUUUUAAAGAGAGGAAACAUAGACAGAGGAAGGAAAGGAAUAGAAGAUCGAGGUGAUGCGGAUGAAAGGGAACAGGAUUUUAAAGGAGUAAAUGAAGUGUAGGAGUUGGGCAGGUACUGUCUAGAGCAUUCUUCCUGAUCCUCCCAGAGGCUUUGCACCCUUUUCCUUGUCAGAAUGUCCAAUGAUCAUGAAUGAUAGGAGUUAUAUUCUAGCAACAUCUGAAUACCAGGUAGAGGAAGGCUUGAGAAGAAUGAAAAGAAAGGUGAGAGGCUGGAUUUUGAGUGGUAGUGAUGGGGAAGAAUAAUAUAUUUUAUUCCAAGCAAUCAGCCAUAGAUUUGGCUGCAGGGCCCUUAGAUGAUAAUUAAAAACCAAAGCAAUCUGUACAUUUUUUUAAAAAAGCUCAAGAAUAUGUUAAAACUUCCAUCACCUAGUGAUGCAAUGAAUAUUACAAGAUAACCAUCUGUCUAUUUGGCUCUGCAAAAACAACUCCUCACAUUCAACAGACAUUUGUUGGCUAAUUCUUAAUAUAUCGGCAGAAACGAAGUCCUUCUCCCCAAAGAUUUAACUUUACUGGAGGUGAAUCUAAAACUUUGCUCCUGCCAUGAUUCUGUCUCUGAACGAUGGCAUGGCAUGCUACACUUGCUCAGACAGAGGUCAUUGCUUUGUUCCACCCAAAAUCAGAUUUUUUUGGCAGGAUCCUUUUUCCAACAAAGUUUCCAAAAUUAUAAUGAUUACUAUUAUUAUUAUUUCUCUAUGGAAAACCAGAAAAAAGUGGAGCAAAACAUGGAAUGCAGCAAACCUGCUGGUAAUUUUCCAAAGGGAAUGGGAAAGGUCUGUCAACUCACAAGCAAAGCACACGCUUCCAAACUUGCAAUGGCAGUGUAAGAUGACAGGCCCUAAAAGUUGUGAAACACUUUGUUACAGGCGAUCAGAAGUUUUGCUCCUUUCAUAAGAGCUUUAUUCACAGAUCUUGACUUAAAAGGCUUGCAACUCUAGUAAAUAUAUUCAGCGUUUCCACGUUCACAGUUCUGCUUAACAUAACAUCCAGAGCCCUUGCGACUUCAUCCUAUUUGUCUAGACCAGUGAUGGCCAAACUUGGCCCUCCAGCUGUUUUGGGACUACAACACCCAUCAUCCCUAGCUAACAGGACCAGUGGUCAGGGAUGGUGGGAAUUGUAGUCCCAAAACAGCUGGAGGGCCAAGUUUGGCCAUCACUGGUCUCGAAGGACUGAUAUCCAAACUCUUAAGAGUGUACCAGAGCUGCAUGUGAGCAGGGAUUUCCUUUUCUCUUUGUGAGUCAGUGAAUGGAUGCACACAACAAGGAUUACCCAAUGCCUUACUAUCUCCCAACUCAUAGAACAGAAUCUGUACUCCCUGUUUACACAAUAUUCAAUGAGCAAAGCAGACACCCCAUUUCAGCCAAUAACUUAGGGAGCACGUGAGUGCUUAUAAAGCCCAAGAGAAAGAACAAAAAAUCAACAACUCAAUCUUGCGCAUCUCCUCCUGUGAACAUGAACUAAUACAGUAAUAGUUCUAUUUGCAGUAAUAGGAUUGUGUGUCUUUGUAAUAUUCACCACCAAGUAGAUCACUGAAAUCAUAGGAAGGGAGAGGGAGCACUGUUGGUGCUUCCCUGUGCCCAUGGCAGCCAUUUUAUGCUGGCACUCACGACACUUUUAUCACUUUUACCAGUGUGGUGUAGUGGUUAAGAGCGGUAGUCUCGUAAUCUGAGGAACCAGGUUCGUGUCUCCGCUCCUCCACAUGCAGCUGCUGGGUGACCUUGGGCCAGUCACACUUCUUUGAAGUCUCUCAGCCCCACUCACCUCACAGAGUGUUUGUUGUGGGGGAGGAAGGGAAAGGAGAAUGUUAGCCGCUUUGAGACUCCUGAAGGGGAGUGAAAGGCGGGAUAUCAAAUCCAAACUCUUCUUCUUCUUCUUCUUCUAUAUGAGUAUAUGCAAUGCUUUUUUUCUGGGGCUACGCGAAGGUACCCAAACCCCUAAACAUUUUGUGAAUAUAAGUUUGGCCUCAUUCAGGGGCAAUAUUUCAAUAUGAGUAGGAAAAUGAGAGUACCCCUAAACAUUUUUUUAGGAAAAAAAGCACUGAGUAUAUGUAUGUAUACAUUUGAGAUUUUAAAUUCCCGAGGUUUCUACAUUUUGAAGGUCUAACUUAUGUUUUAAGUUCUGCAUACAGUGGUACCUCUAGUUCCGGACAAGAUCCAUUCCAGGGUGCCAUUCGCACCCUAAAAAGUCCACAACUAGAGCGGCGCUUCUGUGCAAGCGUGGAGAAUGAUAGAGCACUUCUGCGCAUAUGUGAAGCGUGCAAAAUACUUCUGCGCACACAUGCACAGCGAAACCUGGAAGUAUACACUUCUGGGUUUGCCACGUUCGCAAGCUGAAAAGACGCAACAUGAACCUAAUGCAACACGAGGUAUGACUGUACUGUAUACUUUAUUGUUGAAAACUGCUUUGAGUCCAAAUAGUGGAAAACAGGAUUAUUAUUAUUUUUUAGGAAUAAAAAUAAUAUAGUGUGCACUGCACUCUACAAAGCACAAGAGGGCAGGUUGAGGGGCUUGCAAUACAUAAUACAACAGAAGGGAGCCAAGUGUGGAAGGGGAGGGUAGUAGAAUGAGUUGUGGAUUCAGAAAGAGUAUACAUUUAUUUCUAAAUAUCUUGCUGUAUUCACAGAGGGAACCUCUCAAUGCACAGCACUCCCGACAAUCUCAUCGAGACACCAAAAGUGGUAAAAUUCUGAGUCAUUUUACUUGCUUUUGUUUUCUUAUACUUCAUAAUACUUUUAUGGAUGUCAAUUGUAAUUAGAGCUUUAACUAAUAUACUAUUGUUUCUUUCUCUUUUUGUAAAAUAAGUCACUCUGCAUGGGUAGACAUUUUUUAAAGAAGGAAAACACCCACCACCAGCAACAGUUAUGAUAAGUCAACUUUGCACCAAACUUCUUUGAUGCCAUUUCCCAGUCCUGUUGCUUCUUUCAUCAUUCUGGGUUAUUUGUGCUGGGAUCAUGUAGCGAACAGGAUAGAAUUGGUAUAUUCUGGUAUUGGUAUAUUAUGUAACAAGUCAUAUGAUGAUGUCACAGAGGACAUAUUGUUAAGUAACAAGUCAUAUGAUGUUGCGUGGUGAGUUCCCGCCUCCCACCAGUAGGGAUAACGACACGUGACACAAGUAUUUAGGUUAAUGGGCUAAAUAUGGCCACAACUUUAUUGGUUACAGGUGAUGAACGGUAUUGGCUUAGGCAUUGGUCCUAUCCGACUAUCCAGCUUCAGCCUGUUUGCUUGAAGACCGGGAAGGGUUAACACCAGCAGGGGGGAGCCCUCUUGAUGCACAUCAACUAAGGACUCCCCCAGGGUCACCGCUUGGGGGCGCGCUUUAGGCCCUGACCUCCAUAGGCUUCGGAUGAGGCCACGUCCCCCAGAGUCCUUUAUCGGACUACCCUUCAAUAUUUGGGGGAGGUGAUGGCGCUCCUCCCCCCCAAUACAUCUACAUAACAAUACCCCUACCAAUGCCUAACCAGAAAGCUGAGUGGCCAAAGAGGGAGAUCCCUGGCCAUGCUUGCCUUAAAUGACGCAAGCCACACCCCCUGAGCCAGCUGAUUGGCUGGCCAGGGGAUGAUGCAGCCCGAGGAUUCCCCUGAUCGAGCGGGGGCUGGAAGUCAGCCUCUGUGCGGGUGUUGGGGGCGUGAGCCUGCAACACCACCUCCUCCUGAAGUCGGAAGUGGCUAUGUCACAGAGGACAUGUCAGAGGACAUGCCACGCAAGUCACGUGAUGAUGUCACAGAGGAAAGAUGGGAAUAGCUGAGAGUGAGAUCAAAGCAAGGAGUCUUGAAGAAUCUACACGAAGGGAAUUCUAAUUUGUGCUCCCAAAGUUACCCUACAUUUUAGAUUAGGCCCAGUGCCAAUCUUCACUUCAAAUACACUCUAAAUCUUUGGGCAGGUCAAACUCAGGGGUGCUAACUUGGGUGAAAUAUUGAGGGGGCCCAAGUCAGUCCCACCCUGUAUAAUCGAUCACAUGGCACAGUGCAUGCACACCAUUUGAAUGGCAAUGAGGAGGUCAUUAACUUUUUUAAAAACAAAACAACAACCCUGAAUGUAUGGCAGCCCUACUCAAAUAUUUUAUAGAGGGAGCUGAAGGGACAUCGGCCCCUGGAAGUUGGCUCCUAUCCCAGACAUGUAUCCAUACCCCACAUAUUUCUCUCAGCUUCAUCAAGCUGUAGAGGUUCUAAAUAUUUUUGUUGACUAUACCUAGGCUCAGUUUUGGGGAAACUGAACAUUUAAGAGAAUCAGAAAAGGUAUAUACAUCUUCCGUUCCACCCUAUGCAGCAGUAAACAAUAUUCCAUACCAAACAUUUGUCAUAAUUCAUCUCACAUAAUCAAAUAUACAGUUCAGCUCAUGUGAUUAAAUAAAAUGCUCCAAAAUAAAAUACGUUUAGUAAAACUAAAUUCAGGAAAAUUCAGUGCACUACACCCUACAGAAGCAGGUGAAACAUACAGAGAGAGUGAAAAAAAUGAACCACUUCAAUAUGUCUUACACAUUUAAUUACUCUAAUCAGUUCCUUAAAAUAUGUUUUACUUUCUCUUUCUCUCUUUAUGUGAUACUUUUAAUUUUGAAGAAUAAACCACCUAUAGUCAAAGAUUUGGUUCCAUUGUAGAUUGGUGCUUAAUCCAAAUGAGAUCAUUUACAUUUAUACUAUCAUUUCAGAAAGCUGGAUUGGAUUUGUUCUUCCAAAAUAAUGUGGAAUUAAGUGCUCCCCGCAAACACAUUCAAAGGAAAAAAAAGGAUGUUUUAUUUUACUUUGUUAUUUCAGAAAUGAGAUACUUUUCAAAUGUUCUCAGAAUGAAUUUGGCAGUAGAGAUGCAUACUGUGACCAUUCUUUGUAGACAAAAAAAUGACCAGAGUCUUUCUUUCUUUCUUUCUUUCUUUCUUUCUUUCUUUCUUCUCUCUCUCUCUCUCUCUCUCUCUCUCUCUCUCUCUCUCUCUCCUUUUUUCUUUUUAAAAGUCUCUGUGACAUCUGCUGGAAAUACUACCAGCAAAUGGAUCAUAUAUUCCAUUGCUUCGAAAGAUGCAAUUAGGUUCUGCAGGUUUGAAAAAUAAACUCUAGUCUAAACUGUGUUGUCAUGGAACCACUGGUCUGAUUUUCAAUUGGAUAAUUCAAGGUUUAAUUGUGGCUCCCGUGCUUAUUCUGUUGAAACUGCCUUCCGGAUAUGAUGGCUGUGAUUUUUCAAAGCCGACUCCGAGGGAUUUGGAGUGCCAGUUUCCAUUAAAAUUAAAAUGGCAGCUGGGCACUGAACUUUCCUUAGGAUGUACUUGAAAACCUCAGCCUACAUAGUCAUCAUUGCACAAGAAGAACAGUUGCACUUUGCCAGACUAAUGGUUCAUUCAACCCAACAUCUCUGACAUGGGCUAGAGAACCAGACUUCCUUGGAUAGAGAAAAGAAGUAUAUGGCACUAUCAGAUUGCACCUUUCUCAAUUGGCCAUUUCUGCUGGCCAUUUAACACAUUUCACGAACCAAGAAUGCCCAUAAACAUUAUUCUUGAAGCAUACCACAUGAAGGCUAAGCCUCACAGAAAUAAUUUUGGGAUAAUGCCACUGGCACACUGCUAAGCAAGUGGGUAGCUUUGGCAAGUAAAAUGUAAUAAUUUCAAGGAUUCCCCUCCCCUCAAGAAAAAAUAGGUGUGCAAUUGUAAAUAUGUAAGAGGGAAAUUCCAUUGGGGGAAAAAUGUAUACUUCAGUGCACAAGGAAUGGGAACAAGAUAAUCUUUGUAAAUUUGUUUGUACUGAUCCAUCUUAUGUACUUAAUUCUUGUUAGUUUCAGGAAUCAUAUUCAAAUGUUGUUGUGGUUUCCAUAUUUCUUUUAUCCCCUAACAUAACACACUAACCAGAAGUUUCUAUGGGCUUCCAUAUUUCUAGUUCUUUUCAACAAAGAGAAACCCUUCACUGUGAAACUGGUCAACGUGCCUGAGAUUGACACACUAUUUACUGACAUCACUGAGGCUUUUAACAAGCAGCAAUGCCACUGCAUGGCUAUCCGGAAAACCAUCCGGGACCUCAAAGACACCUACUGCUGUUCGCCCACAAGCAGUCUUUCUGUAUGCAUAGAGAAGAUACAACAAGAGCAUAGUAAGUUGGUGGGGAAAUGAUGCUGAAGAAUAUAGAGUGUGAAAAUGAAGAAGGCCAAGCCCUCCAUUUUAGCAUUGUGGGUUUAUGUGUGAACCUGAGGUGAUUUGUUCAGUCUUUGUUCCUGGAGUUGCCCAGCAGCUCUUCAUCUGGUUGGUAAGAGAUGUCGGGAUCUGAUCCUAUAUAAGCCUCAAUAGGAACAUUACCAUAUAUAUUAAUGAUGGUACAAGAUUAAGAACUGGGUUCCCAAAUGCAUGUCUGAGUAACGGAACCCUGGAUGGUUAAGUCCAGUCAAAGUGGACUAUGGGGUUGUGGCGCUCAUCUUGCUUUCAGGCCAAGGGAGCUGGCGUUUGUCCACAGACAGCUUUCCAGGUCAUGUGGCCAGCAUGGCUUCUGGUGCAAUGGGACACCAUGACGGAAACCAGAGGGCACGGAAAUGCUGUUUACCUUCCCGCUGCAACUGUACCUAUUCAUUUACUUGCACUGGUGUGCUUUCAAAUUGCUAGGUUGGCAGGAGCUGGGACAGAGCAACGGAAGCUCACCCCAUCGCAGGAGUUCAAACCACUGACCUUCUGAUUGGCAAGCCCAAGAUGCUCAGUGGUUUAGACCACAGUGCCACCUGCGUCCCAGAUAUCAUAUCUGCAGAGCCCAGAUAUCAUAGCAAUAGGCUGUUUUAUGAUACACUGAAGCCCUUUUCACAUGUUACUCAUGUGUAGAGGGCAAGCAUUCCCCAGCACUUCUAAUAUUGGAUAGCUUUAGCAAACACAGGAAUCAAAAGUUUUGUGUCUCUUUUGUAGGAAAUGUAUGCCUUUUUAUGAAUUCAGCAAUUUUCAUUUUUAACCAUCUUUGGCAUGUUCAGGAUAAUGUUUGCAGCUGGUAUCCUUCUCUAUGUAUGCAGACUCCGCACAUGAUUUACAACCAGAAUUGGUCAAGGUUCAAAAUCCUGUGAAGAGCUGCAUGCAUAGAGUGGGCUAUCUGUUGCAGAUCUUAACCUGAACAGGAGGGUGGCAAAGUUUGGGGCAGGAGGAGGAACAUGACUUUGCAAUCAGAGCUGAAGUAGCAAGGAACAUGUAAAGAGGCUAGCAUGUCACCCUCUUCUAGCACCCUGUCAAAACAUAGAAUGGGAGGAUUGGUAAAUGGAAUAUGGAAAAAUGGAAUGAUUAUGUUUUUGAAUACGUACAAUCAGAAAUAUUCACACAGAUAGUGGCAGAGGAUAGAUGGGAAAAUAAAUGCCAAAGAAUCACAAAUAAAUUGGUAUUUUACAGGAACUGGAUAGAAAGAGGGGAAGCCAACCCUAACAUACAAGUUCAAAUGAGCAGACUGUGUACAUGGAUAAAGAUAUGAAGAAGGAAGGCCUGACCGGGGGCGGGGAGGGCUGGAGUGGGAAGGGAGGGGGAAGAAAAAGGAAAAAAAAUGUAUUUUGAAUUGAUUUUGUUAUGUAAGCCUUUUUUUCAGAAACCAUAUAUAUUAAUGUUAUGUGGUUAGGCAUUGUAGUAUGAAUGAAUUUUGUUCUGUAUUCUUUGUUUUAUAGAAUAUAUAUAAUAAUGUUAUGUUACUAAGCAAAUUUAAUAAAACAGAAGGGGGGAAAAGAAUGGGAGGAUUGGGGACAGAGUUAUGCAAGGGGCAAAGCUAUGCAAGAAACCCAUGAGGAGGUGGAACAUAACUGCACAGAUGCAUAUAUAUUCAUGCACCUGGUCCAUCAUAAAGAAGGACAUUUAGAUACGUUGUGGCAUCAAAAUAUCACAUCAUGAAAUAAUUCUCUUAUUUCUGACACCAUGUUGCAUUUGGCUCAAUGGCCAGGAGACUGUGGGUGUUUACCUUAAGAUAAAUUCUGCACCAGCCUCUCCAUCAGGUUCAAAUAAAGAGAAGUUGUUGUCCUUUGAGUGGUCUGUUUGUUAGCAUCACAUUCCCAAUGAGAUGUGUGUGCCGCUGUGGUCUAAACCACCAAUUGUGAGGUUGGCAGUUCGAAUCCGUGUGGUGGGGUGAGCUCCUGUUGCUCUGUCCCAGCUCCUGUCAACCUAGAAGUUCGAAAGCAUACCAGCGCCAGUAGAUAAAUAAGUACUGCUGCAGAGGGAAGGUAAACAGUGUUUCCGUGCACUCUGUCUUCCAUCACGGUGUCCCGUUGUGCCAGAAGCUGUUUAGUCAUGCUGGCCACAUGACCCAGAAAGCUGUUUUUGGACAAACACCAGCUCCCUUGGCCUGAUAGCGAAGAUAAGCACUGCACCCCAUAGUUGAAUUCAAUUUAACCGUCCAGUGAUCCUUUACCUUUACCUCUACCUACAUUCCAAAUGCCAUCCAAAAUUAGUUUGACCAUUUCUUAUGCUGGAAGCCGCCCAGAGUGGCUGGGGCAACCUAGUCAGAUGGGCAUGGUACAAAGCGUGUUCUCCAUCACGGAGAGCACGUGUUGCGGUUGGGGAUUCCAAGACACCUUGCUGUUUCUGGGCAGACGGUUUGGCCAACUCGUAAGCAGGGGCGGGCUGUUACUGGGGAAAUUUAGAUGUUGCCAUUUAGUGAUUGACAGCCCUAUUUGUUAAAUACAAGGCACGCAGCAACGGACGUCCUCUUUCGCUGCAUGCUUCGGAUCACCCGCCCUCCCUUCCCUAAUGUUAGGCUGUUUGCUUGACCUUGCUAUUGCCUGUCAUGGGGUCGUCUGCUUUGGGGCAGGGGCCCGGUAGGAAUUUUGCCAUUUGGCUGAUUAGUGUGUGCCACUUGGUUUUCGCCCACCGCGUAGCAAAUCGUCACAACUUGUAAGGUUUGCGGUUAGGCAUUGGUCUGGAAUUGGUUGCUGGAGGGGUAUGGAUUCGGCUGUGCCUGCCCCUCCAAAAUGCUGCUGCUGCUGCUGCUGCUGAAGGGUUUUACCGUUAAAGGAACCCAGGGGCUCCCCCAUGCUUUUGUCCGAAACCCCCUGGCAAGGGGCUAGGGCCAUGCAAGCCCCUGGGAGCAUGCUGGGGAGAGGUGAGGCAUGGUUCCCAGUCCCAUCUCUCUCCCCAGGUGACUUACCCUUCCUGACUUCGCGGGGGGUGCGAAUGUCAGAGCUGUCCCCGUGCGGGGGCAGUUAGUGCUACCAAUGCCUAAGCAACCACUCACAUUGCUGUAUUUGAAUAAAGUUGUGGCCAAAAUUAUGCCAAAAAAAAUAAACAAAAAUUAAGUGUCAAUUGUGUUUUCCUUUGGGCUGUAUUGGGGACCUCAACACGCAAAUAAUAAAACGAUGAGGAUGAUUUGUGCUACUCUUAGGUAGCAAUGUAAGGUGGAAGCAAAGAUAGCAGACAUGAUCUCUCAGCGGCAAUUCAAUCUUUAGGUAACAGUCAGCCCAAUCCUAAAAUUAGCAUCCAUGCUGCGCAUGGGAUUCAGCAUAUUUAUCUUAAAAACCAUUGUAAGCAGUUAAAAUCAUUAGUAGGGUUAGAAUAACACUUGUAGUUUAAUGGUGAAUUUUGGACACAAUUAAGAGGUAAAAGAUCUGACGUUGUGCUAAUGUUGUUGAAUGUUCUAUUAGCUACCAGGCAGAUAUACUGAUCCUGCUGUUUAGAAUUGGGGGGGUCAUAUGGGCAGAAAUUUAGCUUUAAGGCUCCUUUUCAGGAGAAACUUGGCUGGAUUAAUUAAUUCAGCUUCCUGCUUUUCUGCCUCUGUAAGUUAUCAAGAUGCUAAGGAUCCUAGGCUUUAUUUUUUCCUGUUGAAUAACCUAUUGACUGGGUUGCACAUUACAUGGCGAUGCUGUAUCCAGGAGGGCCUUAUAUUAUUUCCCCGCUCUUUAGAUUUUGACUUCCUGUGUAUUACCUCUUCACAUGCCUUUAAAUCCAAUCCUUCCUAUGUAAUGCCAGCCUUCUAAACUCAUGCCAAAAGCUCAACAAUGCCCUCUUCAGAAAGAAGAGCCAAGUGUUUGUGAAACUAACAAUGAGAGAGACAAGAGGGCAAUGUGAAAAGAGAUUAGAUCAGAAUUCGUUAGAGAGACUUACCCAAUACCUGAUAGUUUUGUGUUGAAUGAAUAGCAGGAAAAAGCCAUGGGAUUAUGGGUCAAAUUCACCAGAGUGGCUUCAAUGAAGAGCAUGCCAAUGGGGUUAUGCCAGGGAUUUGUUUCUUACAAGAAAGUGGCAUGGAUAAUCUUGGCUUAAUAUUGCCAAAUGACUGUAUUACAGCUCACAUGCACACAGACAUAUAUGUAGGUAUACAACCGGGUCUCUGAUAAGUAAAGUGGAAAUAAUCAGAUUUCAUGACAUGGCAAUAUCUUUGACAGCUGGCCACUGUUAGAAGCUUUGCUGCUUGAUGGGUUUAGCUUUCUUGGAACUAACACAAUUAGCCUUCUUUCUUGGACUUACGUCAAGUUGGAGCUUAACCACUGCUUUGUCUUUCAGGUGCUUGCAAUGUGCAGGUGCAUAUGGAGGGAUACAGGUUCUGGCUGGAUGCGAAGGAGGAAAAGGUCCCUGAGAAACUGGAGUGGGCUAAGCAGCAGGUGGGAGAGCUGAACCGUGCCACCAAAGGAGUAAUCAGCAUGGAAACAAAGCUUCAGGAAAUGAUCUCCUCGGUGCUUCAGAACCAGGAGCCAUUGGUGGAGAGAGUGAAAGUUGCCAACUCCGAAUACCUAGACCGGAUACGGCUAGAAGGGAACCUGAGAGAAAAUAUUGAGAAAACAAGCCGGGCCAAACAGUUUUCCAAGGAGUUCAGAGAAGAAGCCAAUAGUGUGCUUAGGGAAAUGUCCAAAUCAGCAGGGCUGACCUUGUAA